AGAACCAUAGCAACGUUCAUAAACAAAGAUGGCGGUCUCUGCCGCUGCGUUUUGGGCCACUUCAAGACCAUUUGGUUUGUUUCUCUUGUACACUACCGUAACUACACAGGAAAAUACAACAAACUACGACUUAAAUACGACAUAUGAUACGGACAAUUACACCACAGAGUUUGACCCGACCACCCCGAGCUACAGCAGCACGGAGCGGCCCGUGGAGCCGACACCGUCCGGCCAGCCGCUGCCCGUCUCCGGCCGCCUGCUCACUCCCGUCACUAAAGCCGGCAGCGCGUGUCCGUGUGACGGGCACGAGGACGUGUGUGACGUGAACUGCUGCUGUGACGGAGCGUGCGGAGAGGAGGUGGCUCUGUUCACAGGCUGCUCUGUGGACUCCGUCAGCAGUGGCAAAAAGCAGCUGUGCAGCAAUGAUGUAGUCACCUACUCUUUAGGGAGCACGAUUGAUGGCUACUCUGAGCUACAGUCAUCUGUCCGGAAGGAGACUAAUUAUGAUGUCUUCUGCAUUCAGUCACAGAACCGUGUUGAUGGAUUAUCUCACCCCUCUCCUGCUCUUCCAACUGACAGCAACUUUGACUUACUCUUUAAGGAAUUCACCAACUUUAUUUUUGGCUCAGAAGAGAACAGUGGUCUGGGGACCCCUGCAGAGCUCCAGGCCUUGUCUGGAUACCAGUUUGGGGAUGUGAUGGUGACAGCGGGAGAGAGCGGAGAGAGAGGGAUGUUCUCGCUGCCAGCUCCUUUUGUCACUGCUGAUUGUGUUGACACCAGUCCUGCAGCGUUUCUAAAGGAUCAGAGCAGUCGGUGUUCUCGGCGUGUGGUCCUGAAGCAGGACUGCGGAUUUCUGCCCGCCCUCAGCAUGGACACCUACACCGACAUCCAGCUCUUUGCUGGGAAGACUCAAGAUGCAAUACUUGUUCCUGUGGAGUUGGCUUCAGUCGUCCUUCAGUCUGUGGAUGGGACCCAGACAGAGCUGAAGAUCAGUGGUGGAGAAAACCUGAGCCCUGUUCUCCUGAACCCCACCUUCUGUGCUAACGUGGUGCUGAAGGUUGCUUAUGUGACUAAGUACAGCCCAGCUGGUGAGAUAGUGAAUGUGACGGUGUCUCUGGUACUUGGAUUUGUCCGUGUAGCAGCACUGUCCCUGGAACAGGAGUUCCACAUCACAUUUGUCCAGGAGGAUGGGGAGGAGGCGGCCGUCCACUACAGUGGAAAUCCAGGUUAUGUGGUUGGACUACCUCUUGUGUCUGGAACAAGAACAGCAAAAGGGAUCACUCGGAGCGUCGACCCCAGAGACACAGUAUCUCUUCUCUACGGUGCUGAGGAACAGGACUGUCUGCAGGGACCGCAUCAGCGCUCCCCUGUCCUGUUCGGACUGGAUUCUGUGUCCGGCUGCACAUUAAGGCUGGAGGAUGCUGCCAACUGCACCCUGGUCCUUCAGGUUCUUUUGGAUGUUCUGAGGGGACCAAACCAUGCCAAGUUUGUGGCAUCUUUUGGAAACUCCCCGCUUGACCAUCCUCUGGACUGGCUGCAGUUUGAGAGCAACUUUAAUCCUGGGGAAGCACAGAGUUGCAGCAUCCCACUGUCGCUUCACUUAGAAAUUGAAUGGAGUAAAUAUGGAGCGUUGGAGAACCCCCAAGCUCAGAUAGUGAGCAUCAAAGAAGUAAUCCAAACCAACAUCACCAGUUUGGAUGUGUUGUCUGGAGGAAGCGGCAUCCUGUCCAUCAGGAGCUCGGUGGCCUUUGUACCAGUUUCUGCUGCUGCUCUUCCUGGUUACAGAGCCACGCCCACCAUCGACGCCAAGCUGCCCUUUGACUUCUUCUUCCCUUUUGUCUGAACACACAUGGAAAAAGGGAAACAGAGUUCAUGUGGACUCUUCUUACUUUUUUUGUCCUUCACUUUUGUCCGAAGAGUCAUUGAGGACUUCUCUUCCCUCUUUUUUCCAAACAGUACAUGCAGACUUCUCUUCCACUUUGUCUCAACAGUCCAUAUGGAUUCCUCUCACUAUUAUGUGAUUUAUUUACCAUACACCCUGUUACGACAACACGCACUCUUUGUAUGAUCUAUGUGUUCCUGUAUAUUGUGUG